CUUGCACCGUCCGUGUCAACAGGCCAUGGGAAAGAUCACUUUCUACGAAGACCGGGGCUUCCAGGGCCGCUGCUACGAAUGCAGCACCGACUGCCCCAACCUGCAGCCCUACUUCAGCCGCUGCAACUCCAUCCGCGCAGGCUCCCACAGGAUGCGGCUGUACGAGAGAGAAGACCACAAGGGCCUCAUGAUGGAGCUGAGUGAGGACUGCUCCUGCAUCCAGGACCGCUUCCACCUCAGUGAGGUCCGCUCCCUGCACGUGCUGGAGGGCCACUGGGUCCUCUACGAGCUGCCCAACUACCGCGGACGACAGUACCUGCUGCGGCCCCAGGAGUACAGGCGGUACCACGACUGGGGGGCCAUGGAUGCUAAGGCAGGCUCUUUACGGAGGGUGGUGGAUUUAUACUAA